UAUUAUUAAAUGGCUUGAAUGCAAAACAACUGCAGACACAAACACGCAGACUGUUGUUGUGAUGUUUUAACAUUAAUACCUCUGUGCAGGACAGGUAGUGGUGCUAAGUGUGUGUGUGUUUACUGUGAGGUGUGUGUGUUUACUGUGAGGUGUGUGUGGUUACUCACCGUCGGUACGACAGCUUGUUAUUUAUCUCUGCAAGGCUGGCAUAAAAAUGGCAUCGAUAGCAGCGGCGCAUGAGCCAGGUUUAACCCCGGGCUCCAUGCUGGCCGACGCGCUAGUCCCGGCCAGUAUCUUCGCUCCGGACCGGGGAGGCUGCGGCGGCGGGGACGACACCGGGGACGAGUUCUUCGAUGACGGGGACAUGAUCAACGGAGAGCCCGAGGAGCGCGGGGUCGACUUCACCAACAAGCUGGCUCUUGUUAGCCCAAAUGGAGAGCAGUACGACUCGUUACUCCGCCAGCUCCGAGACAGGAUGGAGGAGGGAUGUGGGGAGACCAUCUAUGUGGUCGGGAUGGGCUCAGAUGGUGGUGACUGGGGUCUGGAUGAGAAGGACAUGGAGGCCUCCAUAGCCACAGUGCACUCCAUGUGUGAGCAAAUCGACGCCGACCUUAUUCCGCUCCGGGAGCGCAAUGAGGCAGCCGGUUUGGUACGAGACUACCUGAUCCGCAGACGCGUGGGAGAGCUGGACUUCCUGGAGGUCAGGGUUGCCGUGGUGGGUAAUGUGGAUGCUGGUAAGAGUACUCUCCUGGGAGUGUUGACACAUGGGGAGCUGGAUAACGGCAGAGGCUUUGCUCGGCAGAAACUCUUCAGACACAAGCACGAGAUGGAGAGCGGGAGGACCAGCAGCGUGGGCAAUGACAUCCUGGGGUUCGACCAGGAGGGACAGGUGGUGAACAAACCAGACAGUCAUGGAGGAAGCCUGGACUGGACCAAAAUCUGUGAGAAGUCCUCCAAGGUCAUCACCUUCAUAGACCUGGCCGGCCAUGAGAAAUACCUCAAGACCACCGUGUUUGGGAUGACCGGACACCUGCCUGACUUCUGCAUGCUCAUGGUGGGCAGUAAUGCAGGAAUUGUAGGGAUGACCAAAGAGCACCUGGGUCUGGCCUUAGCCCUGAACGUGCCUGUGUUUGUGGUGGUGACCAAGAUAGACAUGUGUCCAGCCAACAUCCUGCAAGAGACACUAAAGCUGCUCCAGAGGUUACUCAAGUCCCCCGGCUGUAGGAAAAUCCCCGUCCUGGUACAGAACAAGGAUGACGUCAUAGUAACGGCCUCAAACUUCAGCUCGGAGAGGAUGUGUCCCAUCUUUCAGAUCUCCAAUGUGACCGGGGAGAACAUGGACCUGCUCAAGAUGUUCCUGAACCUGCUGUCCUCCAGGACCUCGUACCGGGACGACCAGCCCGCUGAGUUUCAGAUAGACGACACAUACUCUGUGCCGGGAGUAGGAACAGUGGUAUCAGGAACUACUUUACGUGGACUCAUACGUCUCAAUGAUACGAUGCUACUCGGGCCGGACCCUCUGGGCAGCUUCAUCUCUAUAGCCGUCAAAUCAAUCCAUCGUAAGAGAAUGCCUGUGAAGGAGGUCAGAGGGGGUCAGACGGCAUCGUUUGCUCUCAAAAAGAUCAAGCGUUCGUCGAUCAGGAAAGGCAUGGUGAUGGUGUCGCCCAGGCUGUGCCCACAGGCAACUUGGGAGUUUGAGGCUGAGAUCCUGGUGUUGCAUCAUCCAACUACGAUAUCCCCCAGAUACCAGGCCAUGGUCCACUGCGGCAGCAUAAGACAGACAGCCACCAUCUUGACCAUGAACAGAGACUGCUUAAGGACGGGGGACAAGGCUUCAGUCCACUUCCGCUUCAUCAAAACACCCGAGUACCUGCACUGCGACCAGAGGCUGGUGUUCAGAGAGGGACGCACCAAAGCUGUGGGCACCAUCACAAAGCUCUUACAAUCCACCAACAACAUGCCGUCAAACUCCAAACCUCCACAAAUCAAAAUGCAGUCGACAAAAAAGGCACUGCUCCGAAAAGAGGAUGGCACGGCGGCAGGUGAUGACGCAGCGACGAUACCACCGCCAGCGGGACAAGCCGUGAUACAGCAGGGGGAGGGAGAUGAAGACCCUCAGAUAAAGGAGGGCAACAAAGAGAACAAGCCAAAGUCUGGAGGAGGUGGGAGGAGGAGAGGCGGUCAGAGGCACAAAGGAAAAGGCCAGAACAGCAACGCCAACUCCACAGCAGCCCCCUCCUCAUCAUCAGGACCCGCAGGCUGCUAAACCGCCCCUCCUGUCCCAGUUAAAGCUCCCUCUCUGCUGUCCACUCCACCAAGUGUCUUCAUUUCCACCCACCAUGAGACGUCUGCAGCCAGACGCUCCCCUCACUCCUAUUACUCCUUGCCUUUUACAGCAGUUGCUAGUUUUUUUGUUUUCAAAAAGGGAACACAAAGGGGUGUGUCCCAAACUGCAAUUUUAUGAAGUCCUCUGCCUUUUAUGGUUUUUGGAAGUUUUAAUGAUUGAGAGGCUGGUUUGGGAAUGUAGCCUCACUUAGGAUGGUUUAAAGUUUUCAGAUCUUCCUCUUAUCUCCACGUCUGUGUCAGGGAGGGAGGCUAAACCCCCAAAACAAAGGGUCCAGUACCAAAAUGAGCAGCUAUUUAAAAAAAAAAAAAAAAAAAAAAAAAGGAACCCCCCCCCCAUGCAUUCCCUGUGUUACUUGCAAUGAAAAACAUUUAAUGUACUACUAUUUAUACUGCUUCUGUAAAUUAGCUGUUAGUUGUGCUUGGAUUGGGAAGAUGCCACUGUAAAAGAAAAAAUGUAUGCAAAUCAUCAGUGAAUGUAGCAAGAGGGCACCCAGUGAUUUUAAAUUCUAGAUAUAUGGAAGAUAUAUGCUGUAAACAUUUUAUAAUCGUCAGUUAUUUAUUUGGCAAACGUGCACUCUCGGAUGGUUUCACAGUUUUCUGCCUGCUCUCACUCUCGCUCUCUUAAGAGUCCGUCAUGCUUCCUCCGUCCUGGUCCAAACCUCGUACCCAUAGUCUUAUUACCAGAAUACAGCUCCUCCAUCAUUAUAUGACAUGCACCACUCACAGUGCUGCUUGUAACUCCAUGCAUUAAAGCCUGUUGCUGUUAACAUGUUGUGACAGUUUAAACACACUCUGCCGCUAAAAAACUGACCAGUAAUAAACAAGAUUUACUGAA